GUCUGCCUCUUACUCUGAGCACGGUUUCAGGGUGCUUCAGCCACGGUUCUGGGGCGGGAGCUGGGAGGGAGGUGAGGCUGACUGUAGCCACCGCCCAUACAGCUGACAAUGGAAAGCACAGUGUAAAACCACAGUUCCUGAGCUGGGGCUGGCUCACACCGACAGCAGAUCACGACCUGGCACCAGAGGAUGAAGCGUACAAAAUGGAAGCAGUCAUAAAACAGGGAGUCCUUCACACCCAGCAGCAGCAGAAAUUUGGAAAGAAAUGGAAAAAGGUUUGGGUCCUGCUCUACGGAGAGAGCACUUGCUCCGUUGCUCGUCUGGAGUAUUUCGAAUUUAAGGAGGGUAUGAGCCUGACUGAAAGACAAAGCACCAAGAAGACAGAGAACAAAAAAAUCAUAAAGCUCAGUGACUGUAUUCGGAUCACAGAUUGCCCCAGGCGAGAGUUGCCCAGCGAAUGCCGUUCAUUUCAUCUGGAAACAAUAGAGAAACUGUUUGUUUUUGCGGUGGAGUCCUCAGAGUACGAUGACUGGAGCCAGAGCCUCUGUGAAAUGGCCUUUCCAAUGUAUUGGAGUGAUCGACCAUUGCUUAGUAAGAGUGAUAGUUCACAGCGGUCAAAGAAGGCAAAGAAUAACUUAGUGACAAUGGAGGAGAACGCAUUGUACUGCACUCACAAGGCCGUGAAAGAAUUCCGAGUGGCCGUGCGGAAGACGGAGGCAGCGGAGAGAUGCCACCUGCAGGGAAUGUUUCUGCUCGGUGUAGAGGAAGAUGGUUUGGAACUGAAGGACCUUAAAAGCGGCGAGGUUCUCUAUGUCUGGCCAUACAGGUUUCUGAGACGCUUUGGACGAGACAAGGUGACGUUCUCCUUCGAGGCUGGACGGCGAUGUGCAUCUGGUGAAGGCAACUUUGAGUUCGACACCAGGCAGGCAAAUGGGAUUUUCCAAAUCAUUGAAUCUGCCAUCAAAAUUGUCAGGCAAGGCUUCAAGGAGGAGAAACAGCUGCCCAGUGAUGUGGAGAAUGAGCUUUCUCUGGGCUCCAGACCUUUUCCCCCACCUGCUCUCGAGGCUGAGGAGGAGGGGACGCCAAGUGAGCUCGGUGAAGGCCAACAGUCAACCAAGGCAAAUGCUAUUCUCCCUUCCUUGAGGUGCUUGUCACUGGAGUCGGCCUCUGACCCCAACACCAGGUCAGCCUCCACGAUGCCCUGGAAACCAGGGUCAAAGGGCCAUCAAAGUCACACCAUGACGAUAUACGGUCCGGUCAAAGGAAACCAGCCUCAGUCCCUGGAGGUGCAGUCAACCUACUCCGAGGUGCGGGACGUAAUCACCAAACCCAGCUCACGGGGCAACACCAAGUCGGCGGCUGGGAAGAAGCCGCAGGAAGACGAGGCUGCUGUGGAGUCGGAGUAUGCCAUUCCCUUCGAUGCCAUCGCACAGACGUUAUGUCUUCCUUCCCUCAUCCGAGUGCCGCACAGCCAACAGGACAACGUUUCUGAAAUGGGGUUUACCACGUUCCUACCCCAGAAACAUGAGGAAGCAGGAGACCCACUUUACGACACCAUCGAUGAAUCCAACUUUGUGAGAAAGGAGAAGGCAACCUUGCCCCUCCCAAAGGAUCACAUCUACGAUGAGCCUGAGGGAUCGGACACUCCCUCGGUCUAUGACAACCCCGAGGAGGUCAAAGGACAUGCAUGGAGGCUCCACGGCUUGGAAUGUGACCCACGAGGCCACGAGUACCCAUACAAUCCACACCUGGAUGACUACGCUGUGCCGACAACGGCGAAACAGGGCGUCAGCAAAAGGAGAUCGGGAGGCAGGGUGCACCAGCAGGGCAAUGGCUCCACGGAUUCCGAAUACGACAACGUCCUGGUCAAGAAGUUGGAGAAGAAGGGGACCCAGUGACAGAAGCCAAGGCCCAGCCAAUCCCAGCUCACAGCUGGGCUGACUGGAGGUUGCUGGUGGACACUCCGGGAUUUAUCCUGGGACCGGACUGAAUGGUGGGAUGGG